UCAAUGUUCGUUGUCCAUUUCUCUUUCCUGAUCCCGAUUUCUCUACGUUAGUCCCCGCUGACACAUGCAGUGUAGUUAGGCCUAUUUCCUUCUGCUGAGUGUGCAUUGAAGACCUAUUACACUUCCCUGUGUAGUUUGAUCAAAAUAUAUACUUAGAGCAUUUGUAGCACUGGGUACUUACCGAGUCAGUUUUAGAAGCAGGGGAUGUACAAAGUGUAGUCUCUAAAGAAAGGCCAAAGACCAGCGCAGACAUCAGACUAUGUGUUCGUGUCCUGAUGACCUUUGGGAGUCUGGAUGUAAGGGACGAGUGGUAUGGGAUGGAGUGACAGACGCAAUUAGCUUAAGUGUGGACAAAUUAGAUGUACAGUUUCUCGCCAUAACUGACAGCCUCACCUGGCAGUAACUAAAGUACACACAACGUGUUCAGUAUGAGUUUAGCAAAGAGACUGGUUUUAGAACUAUAGAAUCGACAGACAUGGUCUACCAGUAGAAGGAGUUCAGUUCAUUUUGAAGUAGUUUAUUGAUGUCGUGGAUUAGACAAUGUUAGAACUCAGUGUAUAAAACUGAUCGAGGUAUUUAUAAGAGUCUAGUUAAAUCUAAUUUAUGAGCAAGUCUAUGUGAUACAGAUGUGUGAUUUCCUACAAUGGCUUUAUACACUAAUAUUAUUCUGAACGGAGUAGUGCUGUGAUCUAUUUCUUCUUUUACUGAGAUUACGUCGUGGUGUAGGUAACAUUUGAAUCCCAGAAUGGCCCAUGCGGUGGAGAAUGUGGUCAAGCAAGGCUAUCUCAAAAAGGGAAGCACAGGCAGCAGUAGGAUCUCUGGAUUCUUUAGAAGAAAUGAGUCCAACAAAUGGUUUGUCUUCACUAUCAAACAAGGGACUCCCUACCUGGAGUAUUAUGACAACGACAUUGAUGUCUUCUCACAGCCUCCCAUCAACUCCUUUAACCUGUCCAGUUGUCAGAAUGUGAAAUCCAUGGGCAACAGUAACCCACCUUCUUUUUGCAUUGUUUGCCCAGAUAGGGUCAUUGAGCUCAUUGCCUCAUCCAGAACUCAAAUGGUUGAAUGGGUCAAUGAAGUUGAAGCUAGUCUCAUUCGUCUUGGCAUCUUGCAGCAAGAAAUCGUGGACCAUGUCUACACAGUAUGUCCUGCAGUUGUACAAAAACCAAAGCCCAGCAAAGACAGUUGUGAUGAUAACUUUGAUUUCAGUUUAUUCUCCAAUUCCCAUAAUGGCAAAACUUCAGAGGAGAAGAGAGCAAGUGACACUGUAUUGAUUGAACCAACUGAAAUGCGCUUUGGAAUUUCACCCAAAGCAUCACCUCUAGCACAGAGAUCCCAUUCAUGGCAGUCUACCAGUAAUACCACUCCCCAUUCUCCGAAGUCUCCAUCGAAAGCGGGUGAAACACAGCCACCACCACUGCCAGAAAGAGCUCCCCAUCAGUUAUCCAAAACAUUGGGCAAAAAGUCUGCAGAGCCCCCUCCAAGCACUGACUUGGCUUCUAUUUUUGGUAGCAGCAAUGACAGUGACUUUGUUUCACCAGAAAUUAUAGCCCAGCUUCGAGAAGUAAGCAAAAUGAGACGCUCUGAAGAAAGACAUGACUUAGCCAAGGAUGCCAGGAGGCAUUCUUCAAAUAGUGGGCUCAAAGAGUCAUCUUCUAAUAGAAAUUCCUUGGAGAGGCCGACCUCUGACACUAAGCUUAUUCAUUCUCAAUCUAAAGCAGCCAAAGAUUCCAGUUCAUCUGCUAAUGAGGAAAGCCACUCUUCUGUUUUUUCCUGCAGCUUUGACAACGAGAGUAUCUUCACAUGUCAUAGCUUAGAUAGGCCAGUCAGUGCUGAGAUGAAUGACUAUUCUGAACUUCCAUGUCAGGAGGAGGCCAGAGUACAGGUUGCAGGAGGUGACAGGGUUGAUUCUCGUACGCCUUCUCCUUCUUCUUCAAAACCUAUCCCCAUGCCUCGCAGAGGCCUAACAAAAAAACUGAGUGGGGACUCCUCAUCUGGCUCUUCCAACAGCAGUUUUCCACUUAGCUCUAGCCUACCAGAGCCAAGUACAGACAUCAUCACUAGUGAGAUAGUCUUGCAAGACAUCAAUGAUGAAUACCCACUGCUCAUCCAGUCUAUAGCUUUAAAGGAUUAUUCUGAAGCUAAGACCAAAUCUUUAGAAACUAAUUCAAUGGAGAAAUCUGAAAAGCAGCUUGACAUAAAAUCUUCUAAAGAUGAAAAUGAAAAUUUCUAUGGGCCAAUCUUUGAUGAUGUGCCUCCUCCUUAUGAAAUGGCUCCUCCAGUUCCUUCAUUACCACCUCUUCCACCACGCAAAGACUCUCUUCCAUUAAAAAAAAGCAGUUCCGAUGUUAAAGUUUCUCACCUUGAAAUCAAGACAUCUUCUGCAACUGUGACAUCAACAACCUAUAAACAAACAAAUCUAUUUGAUGACUCUAUGUGCGCCCCACCACUUCCCAUGCCUCGCAAAAAGGGGCCCACUUUGAUGGAUUCCUAUCGAAAUUCUCAUCCACCCAGUGCUUUUACCAUGAAUGGGUUUCAUGAGAUCCCCCCCUCUGUGCCACGCAGAUCUCACCCUGACACAGUACAGAGCUUGAGCCAUGCUGGAACUAAUCCUAGAUUGCCAUCAAGGUCUUUUCAGAGCUUUAUCAUUAAGAGACCUCAGUUGAAAGAGUUUUCAGGCAUGGAGUCUACAACUGUGAAAUCAUUGGACGACUCCAAGGAUAUUAAAGUCCAAGAACAUAUUUCUACCAACAGCAGUUCUGGUCUGUCACGCAAAAUGUUGCUGGACCGUUCACACACCCUUCACACUGUGGUCUCACUGAAACAAACUCAAGCUGAGAUUUUACAGACAGAAAUUUCUAUGGUCAGUUUGACUGUCCAGCUGACCCAGAAGUCAUGCCAUGGACUGGCAUUGGUCGACUGGGAAGGGAAACCAUGUAUUGUUGGCUGGAACCAAAAGGACUUUCCCAGUCUUCAUGGCAAACUUCACAUCGGAGACAUUCUAAUCAGUGUUAACAAUGUAGAAGUCACGUCCCUUGAAUCUGCACAGAAACUGCUCAAACAACCGAAUCCUUCUAAAGUAGAUGUCACACUGCAGAGGAUGCCUUACGCCAAAGUUUUCGCCAUCCGCAAGAACACUGAAGGUCAAAGCCUGGGAAUUAAAAGAGAAGGCGGCACUGGUGAAAUUGUGUAUGUUGAUCCAAAUGGUCUGGCUGCCCAACAUGGCCUUACCCAACAUGCCAACUGCUCAAUAGCAAAUGGUCGUUGCCACUGGUUUCUGACAGAGAUUAACAGUCGGCCACUGAAUCUGUUUUUCAAGGAUGAUGAGAUUGAACAUCGUCUGUCAGCUUUAGGAAGAGAGAUAACUAUUGUAGUCCAGCCGUAUGACUUUAUACGUCACAUCAAGCACCAGUUUAAAAAGUUGAAGAACUAUAAGAGCUAUAUUGUACAGUAGUCUCACAUCCAACCAUGUACACUUUGUUACAUAUACAGAAUGUUUUUUUUCUGCAUAUAGUAUUUUACAUACUGAAAAUUUUGUUUAUUUUUCAAUCCAUUAUUUUAAUAUAAAAUUUUAGUCAUGUACAGAGUUUAAGUUAUUUCUUUUCUGUUUUUAAUGUGAAUUCUUUUUAUUAAAAAAAAACAAUUGAUUUUGUUUUGUUUGUUGAUGUGAACUUGACACCUUUGUUUAGCUCCAACAUAGUGCCUACACAUGAUAUUGUACAGAUUGAUAUGCUUAUAAAUGUAAAUAGUUGGCAGACUUCUGAUUAUGUCAUACACAUUUCAAUUUCAUUUGUUGUAGCUUUCAAUGGAAUUUGUUAAAUAAUCUUUAUCUGGUUUCUUUCUUUUUGUCAUUUUAAUUUUGAGAAUUUUAAUGAUGAUAAUGUUAUCAAUCUACUUUUGAGAAGUAAUAUAUAUAUCUUACUAUAUUAUUAAAUAUUUUAAAGUGUAGAUAGGUAGUAAUAAUAUGCAUAUUGUGCGACAUUUUACAUGAUCCCAAUAUAGUUAUUGAAGUGAAUAGAAAAUGCUGGACAUUUAUCGAAAUCAAGAUUAUUAACAAUUCAAUGUUAUAUUAGUAAGUGGUGUCUACUUGAAUUUUUUAUUGCAAGAGCAUUUGUCUGAUACAAUAUGUAAUUACCUCUAGAAUUUGAUCUCAUGAUUUUAGCAAUUUCAUUCUUAAAUAUAAUCACUAUCUUCAGCGCAACAUUUCCUUAAUGUCUGAAUGUGAGCUUCUUAAUGCUAUAGUUUUCUUUGUAAUCACCAGCUUCCAUUCUUCUUUCUACUAGACACAGUAGAAUGAAGGUAAUUAAACUGUACUUUGUAUACCCUACAUCAACAACAGACAAGUAGAGAUCACUGUCCAUUCUUGCUGCCUGCUAAAUUGUGCUUUGAACUAUUUAUUAAUGUAUAUUUGGUAAUGCAUAAAUCAUCGAUGAAACUUUUUUGAAAAGACAUGUUUCAUCAUUUCGUGUUUUUAUCAGAGUUGUUAAAAAUAUGAUUCAUAAUCAAAUGUCCGAAGUUUUAAUUACUGUAUCUUAGAAAUUUUUUUUUUCUUAAAAGUUUCUAAGAUUCAGCAAUUAGAAUUUCUUUUUAAAAAAAAAGUAAUUUUUACUGCACAAAAGAAUCAGUUACCUUUCUUUUUUUUAAAAUUCCCUUGUUGUGCAUAAGUCUUGACAGAUGCAGCUAAUUCUGUAUUUUCAUAGAGUGUUGCAAUAUUGCUUUGAUAUAGCUACACAAUUGUUGUAGAUGAUGAUUGUUUUAUAUGCUUCAUUAUAUAUAGAUGCUGUCUUUGUUAAUUUCCUUGCAUUUGUGAUGUCUACUUCAUUCAUAAUGUCUAUAAUAUCUUCAUGAAGUGUUAGACGAAAUUGUUGAAUCUUUUUGUCCCCAUAAACCUUUCUCAAACUAUAUCUGUGUCGUACAGUUGACGUCCAUAAACUUUUCACAAGUUUUUCUAUGUUGUAAAAUUUACGUCCAUAUUUUAUUUCUUUGUUACUUAAAAAUUUUAAACCUGAUGACUUCGACUCAUUUUAUUGUUUCUUGAUUCUACUGAAUGUGAUGUGACAUGAUUGUAUUUUGCAGUUUUCUUUAACAAGAAAUCACUGACAGUUGUUAGAAUUCAUUACAAUUUUAAAAUUUAACCCUGUAAAUUGAUUCCUGAAACAAUUUUAAUUCUAAUUUUGAAUUUAAAACUAUUUGCAUACUAGCCCUAAAUAUCCCCAUUUCCAUUCCAGAGUUGAAACACAUUCUCAUGUUACUCAUUUGUUGUAAAUUUAUUUAUUUGUAUCCACUACUCUGUUGGGCAUUUCACUAACUGUCCAUCUAGUUUGUUUGGGUUUUUUUAGUAUUAAUUACACCAAUCCAGACGAGUUGAUUUUUGAGUUGCUUGGGUUAUUGUGACUGACACUUCUACAUUCCCUUCAACCCUCUUCAUUUGUUAUGUCAUUGUGACACUGGCUUGAUGGUGUACAUUAUAUCUUGUUGUCUGGACAGCUCAUUGUUUCUCUCUGUUAAUGUUGUUUGAAUGUUUAUACUUGAUAUUUUGUUGUUAUACUUUUUCGUCUCCAUCUUGUGCCAAGGCCUUCACAUUUCUUCACAUUGGUAGCUUUCACUGUUGCUGUGUUUCCCAUUGAUCACACCAAGGAGAUAUUGACUUUCAUUUAUUGUUUAACUUGGAUCAGCUGAAGACAUUAGAGCAGCUGGCAUAAUUACCUUUCUAGUGGAUAGAUGUGUGCCAGCUGGUGUCAACAUUUUAUUAUUCAUUUACACUAAAACCCAAUCAAAUCUUUAGCACUGAAUUUUCUAGUUGAAUGCAUUAUCUAAUAUACAUGUUUAUAAAUAGUUAUGUAAUUAUUCAAUGAACAAGUGCUGGAUAUGUUCUAUGUAUAAGUGAUUAUGUUGGCUCUUACUUAUUUGUUAUGAUUUUAAAAUUGAGAACAAAUUAUGAUCGUAAGUUUUUUGAAACUGGAGAUUUUCCUAUACAUCUCCAUUGUUGUAAGCUAUGUGUCAUUGUAUUAUUAUUGAUUGUUAAUGUCAGUAACUAUUAAAUACCAUCUUCAUAGUUGUACUGCCACACAUGACUCUUAAAUACCAUUUCCUGUGUUAAUGAGACAUGUCAUAACAAGGUGAUCAAAUAGUAUCCUAAUAGUUGUACAGGUAGUUUGUGUCACAUCUUCAUCAGCUGUCACAUGACCUUCACUUAUCAAUGUUUUACAGAUUGACAUGCAUUUUAUUUUGAUCAAUGAACAGUUGAAGAUGCUACUCUCAUUGUAUCUACACACUUGUUCAGUCAGCCGUUCUUCACACACACUCUUCCAAUGUCUUUCUUGUGUCAUUCUUCUAAGUUUGUGUUGCCAACAUUACCACCUGAACAAAUCUAUCUACAUUUGUGUAGUUCAUAAAGUCUAUCUCACUUUGUAAGUGAACAGUGUUUCAGUCAUUGAACAAUUUAUUCAGAUUCUCUAUUUGUUUGUAGUGAAUGGAUUUGUAGAUGGAGGAGUCUUGUCUCCUCUAGUUCAGGAUGUUUUCUGCAGCUUUUUAUAUUUGUAAUGUUAACAUCAGAAGUCAAGUUUAUAUCUUCUACUUUCACUCUCAAAGUGUUAGAUAAUACUUUCUAGUCACAUUUGUAUUUUAAAUACUUUCAAGUCAAAUUUCUUUUUAUAUCCAUUAGUUUUCUAUAAAGUUGAAAAGAAAAUAUUGCCUGCAUUAUCAAUAUUUUGAGUACACUUUUAAUAGUGUCAGCCAAAAAAAAAACAACUUAAAACCUGGUUUGGAUUAAAAAUCUGAAAAAAAAAAUGUUCUGCUUUUACCAUAAUUAGAAAAAUAUUUUUGGCCUGGAACUGAAGUCAAAUGAAAUAACUUUUCUCAUUAUUUUGGCUGUUGUCUGGAUUGCAUCUUCAAUCAUUGCCACUGAGACUUAGUGCUUUAGAAUUUCAAGUAGAAUUACUGUUGCACUUGGAGAAGACACUGUACAUUUAACAGCUGAUGAGACUUAAACCAAAAAAAAACUGGUUGGUUAUUACUAUAGAGAUUCCCUUGUGUUUAACUCUCUCUAGUCUGGUGAACUAGAGGGAUGUCAAUGGUUUGUAAGCCACUUCAUCUAUGAAGGCAACAUGAGUGGAUCAUACAGUGGUAAUGGGGGUGAGAAGAAUUGAGUCAAUUGUUAUUGCCAUCAAGGUCAACCACUUUCCCAGCUUUUGGGUUAGAAAUUAUUUUUUUUUUAUUAGUCAGAUAGGCUCUAUUGAACUAGAUAUCAAGAAAUAGAUACUGACUAUAGAGUCUGUUUAUAAGAAUGUCAAACAAACAGAAUUAUUCUGCUCAUUAUUGAAGGCUCUAGUUUUAGUCAAACAAAAUGUUGACCUACAUUUUUAUCCUUCAAUAAGUUCCCAUUUAAUCAAAUGUAACACGUUUAGUAUUUCCUUUCUUAAAAUCCUGGCACACUUCCCAGCACCACUUGAUUCUUAUCACAUAUCUUAGUGUUCUCAGUCUUAUAAUAACAUUCUAGCAUCUAGUAGAUCUAGAUGCAUGAGGUCCACGUAGUCUCAUGUCACUGUGUUGUAAGGUUCCUUCAUUCCUCUGAUCAAAAAACAGACGACUGUCUCAGAUGCCAGUAAGGCUUCUAACAACUUUCAAUGUUUGUUUGUUUAUUUCAUAUUUACUGUAAACUAUUCAUUAUUCAGCCAUUUGAGCUUUCAUAUUUUUUUUUCAUUGAUUCAAUAAAAAUAUUUUUUUUUCCUUUGAAA